UAUAGAUAGAAGAGAAGAGAGAGAUUCUGAUAAGCUCGGGAAGAAGUUUGAAAAUCUUCAGCUCUACGAUGCGCCGGCGGACGGAGUCGAGAGCUCUUCUGACGAUCGUCGUCUUCCUGAUUCUCUGCGGCCUGUCCUAUGGUCGCUUCAUUUCCGACCAAUUCGAUAUAGUCUCCGAUGGAUUUUCCGCCUCCAGAGUGCCGGAUUUCCUCCGCCUCCCCGCCGCCGAGGAGAACUGUGAGCAGUCGUACGGUUUUUUGCCGUGCACCUCCACCGCACUGGGGAACUUGUUCUUAAUUGCGGUAUACGGUUACCUAAUGUACCUCGCCGCUACGUAUCUCUCCACCGGAAGUGAGCUUCUCCUCGAGAUUCUCGGCCCUGGAAUUGUCGGCGGCCUCUUCCUCCCAAUCCUCGGUGCACUUCCGGAUGCUAUGCUUAUUCUAGUGUCCGGUCUUUCUGGAAGCGCAGAAACUGCUCAAAGCCAAGUGUCAGUUGGAAUGGGGCUUCUAGCAGGUUCAACAGUUAUGCUUCUGACUGCAAUUUGGGGAACCUGUAUAAUCGUUGGCAAGUGUGAUGUUGAAAAUGGUGUCGCAAUCGAUUCGAGAGACACAAGAGCCUUUAGUCUAACUGGCUCCGGAAUCACCACAGAUGUGUACACAAGCUACGCAGGCGUUAUUAUGGCGAUUUCAGUGAUUCCAUUCGUAAUAGUUCAGUUGCCGCAGAUAUUGCAUUCGAAUUCGGGACGGCACUUGGCUGUCUUGAUUAGCCUUGUUGUUUCCGUUUCACUUCUCAUCUCUUACUGCCUUUACCAGGUGUUCCAGCCAUGGAUUCAGAGGAGGCGACUAGCGUACACGAAGCACAAGCACGUCAUGUCCGGAAUCCUCAAACAUUUGAAAAAACACGCACUCGGUAGGCUUUCCAGGGAAGACGGCAGGCCUAAUGAAGACGUCCUCAGAGACCUGUUCGAAGCCAUUGACGAAAACAAGGAUGGAUACCUAUCAUACUCGGAGCUAAAAGCUCUGAUCGUAGGAAUUCACUUCAAUGAGUUUGAUAUGGAUCCAAAUGACGCAGUUGCCAAAGUGCUCAAGGAUUUCGACACAUCUCAGGACAUGGGAAUCGAUAUCGAUGAGUUCAUUUCCGGAAUUGGGGGAUGGCUGACUGAGGCCAGGGGUGCUACCACAGUUUCAAAUCAUGCUGAUUCAAUGAAGUAUAUCGAUGAAUUUCACACGCAAACAAAGAGGGAACACGAUCAGUUGGGAGAACAAAACGACGAGACUGUUGAGGCUGUUGAUAAUCCCCGUUGGAUUUCAACUAAAGCCGGGCUGCUACUGCUGCUUGGAACUGCCAUUGCAGCUGCCUUUGCAGACCCGUUGGUUGAUGCAGUCGAUAACUUCUCCAGCGCCACAAACAUCCCGACUUUCUUCAUAUCCUUCAUCGUGCUGCCAUUGGCUACCAACUCCAGCGAGGCAGUGUCUGCUAUCAUAUUUGCCAGCAGGAAGAAGAUCAGAUCUGCUUCCUUGACAUUUUCCGAGUUGUAUGGCGCGGUGACCAUGAACAACGUCCUCUGCCUAUCGGUGUUCUUAGCUCUGGUAUACAUAAGGGGGCUGGUUUGGGACUUCACGUCCGAAGUGUUGGUCAUUCUAAUCGUGUGUGUCGUGAUGGGCGUGUUCGCCAGUGUUCGCACAACUUUCCCUCUUUGGACUUCCCUAUUUGCGUUUGCUCUCUACCCCUUGUCCCUCGCCCUCGUCUACGUCCUCGACUAUGUCUUUGGUUGGUCUUAAUCUUCCUUCUUAGGACAAUCCACAUUAACCUUAUUCACUUUUUACACUGAUUUUGAAGAAGAUGCAAUGCUAAUGUGGUAUGUGAUGUGUAUACAUACAUACAUACAUUUUUACCUUAGCCUUUUUUGUAUGCAAGUUCAAGUUUUGAAUGGUUUUAUAUAAUGUGUGGAUUAGUACAGUACCCCUUUUGGUCUUGGAACUUUAUAGUGUGUGAUAAUCAUAAGCGUUUUAUGUGAGAUUCAGUCCAAAAUUGUGACUC